AAUCAUUGUUUACCAACAUUGGAAUAGUAGAGGGUGUGGCGUUGUUUUCGUUUUAAAUUGAAAUAAUGUGACUAACUUUUUAUUUUUCCUUUCAAGAAAAUUUCUAUUUUUUUUAUAGUUAUUGGUUUCAGUUUUAUUUAUUACUUUUUAGAAGAUGUUUCUGAAAUGGAGAAUCACACUUUCAGAUGGUUUCUCUUUUGGAUUCCUGAUAAUUGCAAUCAUUUCUGUAUUCACCUUUGAAAUGUAUGUUGUGUUGCCCACUUUUGAAGAAGGCUUUGUCCCCAAAGCAGUUCAUAUACUUAAUGCUAUUUUUAUACUUACAAAUAUACUAGGUAAUCUUUUCAUGGUAAUGUGGGUAGACACAUCUACUAAGAAGGUUAUCUUGCCUUCAUUAUUAAAACCAAUGUGGCAUUUUUGUUCCAUUUGUGAAGCCAAUGCACCACCACGAACUCAUCAUUGUGACAGAUGUAAUUGUUGUAUAUUCAAGAGAGAUCACCAUUGUACAUUUUCAGCUUGCUGUAUAGGGUUGAAGAACUAUCGUUACUUUUUAAUAUUUCUUUUCUAUAUGUCAAUUGGUUGCUUCUAUGCCUCUGUUUUCAAUAUGUUUUUCAUAUGGGAAUAUCUAGGUGGAUUCUCGUUAUUUUCUAUUGCAGCACAUAUUUUACCUUUUGUGUUUUGGUUAUUUGGAUACUUACAGUUCACUGUGUUUCUGUAUACCAUGUUGUCUAUGCUAGCCUUAGUUGGGUUUUUCUUUGUUGCAAAUUUAUUCUUGUUUCACGUACAAAAUAUGCUGAAAAAUCAAACUACGUUUGAGAGGAACAAUGGUAUAAGAACCUAUGAUUUAGGUUGGAGAGAGAAUAUAGUUCAAAGUUUAGGAAAAAAUUGGUAUAAAAGUUUUAUCUUACCAAUAUUUGCAUCACAUUUGCCAAGUGAUGGGUUAUCUUUUCCUACUAAUGAGCAGACAUCAACUCCUUCGCUCCAACCACUCUCAGUUGGAGAUAACAUAAGACAAAGACGGUUAUAAUUGUUAUAUUAAACUGUUACAUUUGAUUUUUGGUUGUGUAAAAAUAUGUGAUACACAUUUUCAUAAUUUUUUUCAUGUAUUUAAAACACUGGCAUUGAAAUUACAUAAUCUGCUUAAACUAUUGUAAAUACCACAUAAGCACUAAAUUAAUUUAUAAGCUGCAUUAAAAAUUGUUGGUGCUAUUGGAAUUAAUAUUUAGAAUAUGUUGAUAGUAGAACUAUUAUUUUUUCUAAGUAAUAAAAUUUAGAAUAGGGAGUAUUGAAAUAAGUCCAAAAAUAUUACAGUUUAGAAUAAAGAUAUUUACGUCUUUUGCCAAAAUUUGAAUCUGACCAUUUAUGGAGGAAAAGUAUUAUUUUUUAGAAACAUGUACAUAUUGGUUUUAAACUAUAUGUCCCUUAAACUAUUAAUAUUUUCAUUAAAAUUUAGAUUGUAAUAAUAAAUUAUUUACUUGUAAUCAAAAGUCUAAUAAUGAAAUUUAAAAUAAUUUAGUAUUAAAAUAAGCUGGAAGAAUUAAGAAUUUGUUAGAUUCAGACAUGGACAAAGUUAAUCAAUACAAAUUGUAUACACUAUUCUCAUAAAUCCAUUACGUUGUUAUUCUGCAUGUUGCCCUAACUUUCUGCCUUUUCACUUUUUCCAUUAUUUUGUGAUUGACAGAAUAUUCUGUUAUCAACCCAUGCCUGCAUAUGCUCUUCACUAACCUACUGUUUUUUGUUUAAUUCCAAACCUUAAACUUUGGAUUUAAAGCUAUGCCUUCAAAAAUGCUGUUAUUUUAAUAUUGCCAGUUAUAAAAGAUUUUACUUCAUUAUAUUGCGCAUUUUUGUCCAGAUGAGAGGUAUCUUAUUUAUUAUUAUCUUUUAUUUAAUUCAAAUAAUAAUAUUAGCUGUUCAUUUAAUUCUACUUUUGACAUAAGUAUUCUAAAUGUAUGGAUAGCCUUAAAUUCCAAUACAAUCAGAUAAACCAGCAUAUGCAAUAAUAAUAAGCUUUGGAACAAAACUUGGUACUUAUAUGUUAAAUUAACAGUUCCUGUUUGCAAUAAGAAUAGCUAUUUUUCUACAUGUAUAUUGUGCUUAGUGAAUUUUUGAUUGAUUUUAAUUUUUAGUAAAUAGUGAUAGGAAAUAAAUAUAUAUUAAGCAUUAAGAUUUAUAUUAAAGAUUAGUAGAAAUUGUAAUGUUACAGACUUAUCAUUGCGAUUAUUAUUUCAGAUACAUAUUUUAAGUUAAAAUCUUUCUUUCUUUUUACUACGCCCAAACAUGAAAACUAUUCUACACUUUUUUUUUCAAAAACUGAAGUAUUUAACUUUGGGAAAAUAAACCUCAAAACAUAUUUCUUAAGUAUAUAUAUAUAUGUAUCCUUUUUUUCCCAUAUGUGUAUGAACUACAAAUGUUAUCAUUGAAAUUUUUAUAGCUGUUUAUAUUUUAAUUUUUGCUAAUAUUCAAAUGGCAAAGAACAAAAUCAUAAACUUUUCAUAUUAUAUUAUGUAUUUAUUAAUUGCGUCAUUAAAUUUACGAAUCCAUUAAAAUAAAUAUUGUUUGUUAUAAAUUCUCAUUUUCCAGUUUUGUAAUUAUCUAGUUCAGAAUUGUUGAAUUCUAAAAUUGUUACUUACAGUUAUCCUGAAGAGAAACUUAAGUGGAAUGGAGUAUAUUAAACUAGGGUUUUUAAAAUUGUGGGUGAUGAAGAAUCUUGCAGACUUUCUAGUUCCUUGUGCAAUUGUAAACAAGAAAAGCAUAGAAUAUAAUUUUGAUGUAAAAGUUUUCAAUACAAUUUCCAUUAGGUUAAAAUUAAUUAACAUUUUGCUUCUUUAUUUAUUUUUCAUCUCUUGAACAACAGCAAAAUUUUCCUUCCCCAAAAGAAAAAAGUUUUAGAAUCCCUGAUAUAAAUCUAACUACCCAAGCAGAUUAGCCAAAUCUACUGUUCAGCUUUAAACAGAUUAACUCACAUUUCUGUGCAGAUUUUCUUCUAAAUAUUAGAUUAUUAUUAUUUUUUUUUUAAAGCAUAUGUUUCAAUUGCUUAUAAAGAGAGAGCAAUUUAUUCAUAUGAUAAACUUGUAACACAAACCUUAUUUGAUUGAAAAGUUGGCUUUUGGUGGGUUAAUAUAUUGUAUAUAUUUUUAUACAUGCAUUAAAAAUUUAUCAGUUAUUGUUAGCAUGUUAAAAGAAUUUUAUUUUGUCAAAUACAGUUUUAUUUUGAUUAAAUGUGCCAAAACUUCAAAUAUUUUGUUUAAUCUUCAAUUUGAAUCUUUUAAUUAGUUAUUAAAUUCCUGUAUAUUCAAAGUAACUUUUAUACUCCUUCUGUCCAAAAAUAUGGCAUACAUUUUGAAAUUAUUUUUUGUGUGAAUAUUUAAUACAUAUUUAGAAGAAAUCAUAAUUUUAAUUAAGCAGGCUAGGUUUAUUGAAAAUAUGUAUUCAUAAAAUAAUUAUUUUAAUAGCAAAUCUAGCCUUCUCUAAGGCAUCUUGGGAACAUUAUAUUUAUUGAUAAAGGAUCUUUCCCAGUGGAGUUUCAUUUUAUUAAUAUGAAGUAUUAAUAACUGUUGGUUAAUUUCUUUGAUUUGACAUUUCUUCUUUGCAACAUAAUUCUAAUUUCCUUAAAAUUUUCCAAUUUCUUAUAAUAGCAGUUGUUACUUUAUUUCAUUCAAAGUACAAUAUUUUAUUUACUGCAAUAAAAGCUUUUUACUUAGUCCAAAAAGAAUGAAUACCAACUAAAAUGUUUCAAAAACUGUAACCACUGUAAUGUUAGGCUACCAAGCUGUUUGCUUUCUUCAAUAGUUUUCAAUGUGCUUUAAAAUGUAUACCAUAUUUUUGGUAUUUUUUGUUUUGUGGGAAAUGUUUUGCUUUAAUAAAAGUAUCAGCACAAAACAUGAAAAUUUAUGUAUAAAAUUACUUAAUGUUUUUUCUUUAUGAUGUCUUCAUUUGUUAAUAUGGUUGCAAUUAUUUCUAGUCAUAAUAAAGUUUUCAUCAGAAAA